GUGGAGCCCGCGCGCACUCCAGAUCCGGGUUUUGCCUCGCGCCACCCCUUCUCCCGGCGCGAGCCCCCUCUUCGGCUCUCGGCGCUCGCUUGCCCGCGGCUCAUUCUGGGCUCGGCUCGGGCCCCGGCUGCGUCCGCCGCACGCAGGCUGCACGGCCCCGGCGCGCCCGCGCUCCGAGCCGCUCUCGGCGCGUCGCCCGGUUGUCUGCUCGCCCCAGUUCCCAAGAGCGGGGAUGCAGAUGCUGCCGCUGGUCGGGCUGCCCGGCCCGGCGAACGAGCUAAUCAGCCACCCCCCGGGCUCCGGGCUCCGCGGCCCCCGGGACGCAGCCCUAGGCGGCCGGGCUCCCGCUCCGCCGGCGAGCCCCCGCUGUGCACCUGGGAAGGAGUUUGUGGGGCCCUCGCUCCCGCUCUCGGCGCAGGUUUCGGGCGCGUGGGGAGACCCUCGGCGGCGAGAGAACCUCGAGAGGAGAAGGAGGAGGGUUUGGCGGAGAAGGAGCCACCCCCGGCCCUCGCGGCUCCCCCUACCUUUUCCACCGCUCCCGCUCUCCGGCGGAAAGGGGAGGACGAGGAAGAAGAAGAAAAAGAAAGGGGCGGCAGCAGCAGCAGGAGGAAAAGCAGCCCCAGCUAUGACUGCCGCAUGUUAAUAGCUGCCGCUGGGGUCCCUCGGCUGCUCUGGAGCCAGAGCCAGACUCCGAAGUUGUGCAACUGUGGACUGGGAGAGACAUUUGAACCGUCCACUCUCUUUGCUCCGUUUUUACUCCCUUGUGUCAUUCCCCUGGUGGGAGCCCAAGGCAGACCAGGGGGCGCCUUCUCUCUGCCGGCCGGGAACCUGUGCCGCUUGAGGCGGGAGAGGGCUGGAGGAUCGACAGGGACCGGGUUACAGGUAGGAACGCAGGCGCCCCGUAUUUUCUCACCAGUGAAGGGGAAGCUCCGGGCUGCGGCGGAGCUUCAGUGUCCCCGCACCCUGGCCGAUGGUCCCGCGUCGGAGCUCAGAGGCUAA